AUGAUGAACAGGAUACGGAGAAGUCGUAAAUACCUCUUUGGUCUGAUCUUCAGCAUCUUGCUAUGUUCAAGUUCUGCCCUUCAAUCACCAGUUGCAAGAAUCACCAAUCAAGUCAAAACUGGAUACAGUCGACGAGUUGCUGCUGAUCCUUCCUUUCCAGCAAAGUCUGUUACGGAAGUCAUUUUGGCAGCUGGAACUCAGCUGGCAGCAGAAUGGAAUCGACGAGGUGCCAGUAGGCUCUUGCCGGAGAUUGAUUUUGUACUGCCAGGAGUUUUGACUGCCGUCUUUGGCAAAUAUUACAGUAUGUGGAGAGUUGCCAAGACCAUUGAUGACCAAUCAUCCAAGCCGGUUUCUUCAGAAGCGACAGAGGCCAAAGAUCAAAUGCUAUUCAAUCUCGCUGUUCCAACAAAUGCCUUUCAGGUGUACAUGUUGGAUGGUGUGACAAAACCAACGCCGAUUCAGCGAGCAGGAUCCAUGAUAGCGCCCAUGCUCCCUCUCUUUCGUGCUGGAUUUAUCGCGUCGAUGGUCGGCUACGGUAUUGCUGCUGUCUUCAUUGCGCUCCGGUCUGUCCUUUUGCCAUCAUACGUACCAGCAACACAGAGUAUCAAUAUCUUGCAUGCAUCCGUGUAUACGGGUUGCUUCAUGGCAAUCGUCUCCAAUGUCCGCUAUCAGGUGUUGCAAGGAGUUGUCGAACCAUUGAUUGAAUACUCAUUUCAUAAGCUACCAGCGGUACGAUCUUUGCUAAUAUUGCUUGUGCGAUGGCUCAAUGGCUUGCUUGGAUCGGUUCUGGCCAUUUCUGGAAUGAGAUUCUUCGGUCUUCAAAAGCUAAAAUGA